CUACGCCACGUGAUCACUCUCUAUCAAAACCCUAACGUUAAAACCAAAAAAACCACCUUUCACCUUUCGCAACUCGCCUUCUUCUCUCUACCCGCAUAGUUUCCGUUUCUCUACGGCUGAAUAGCUAGGGGGAAAAAAGAAAGAAAGAUGGGAGGUGGAUUUAGGGUGCUUCAUCUUGUCAGACCAUUUCUGUCAUUUCUUCCUGAAGUUCAGAGUGCUGACAGAAAAAUUCCGUUUCGUGAGAAGGUCAUAUACACCGUGAUUGCUCUUUUUAUUUUCUUGGUGUGCAGUCAACUCCCAUUGUAUGGUAUUCAUUCGACAACCGGUGCGGAUCCUUUCUACUGGAUGCGUGUUAUUCUUGCAUCCAACCGUGGUACUGUCAUGGAGCUUGGUAUCACUCCAAUUGUGACAUCUGGGCUAGUAAUGCAACUGCUUGCUGGCUCAAAGAUCAUUGAAGUGGACAACAACGUCCGUGAAGAUCGUGCACUGUUAAACGGUGCGCAGAAGUUGCUAGGUAUCCUGAUAGCUGUUGGUGAAGCGGUGGCAUAUGUGCUCUCAGGGAUGUAUGGCAGUGUUGGCCAACUUGGGGUAGGAAAUGCCAUUCUUAUCAUUAUUCAGCUUUGUUUUGCUGGGAUCAUUGUGAUAUGUUUGGACGAGCUUCUUCAGAAAGGAUAUGGUUUAGGCUCUGGAAUUUCCCUUUUCAUAGCAACCAAUAUCUGUGAAAACAUUAUCUGGAAAGCAUUUAGUCCAACCACCAUCAAUAGUGGGCGUGGUGCUGAAUUUGAAGGAGCUGUCAUUGCUUUAUUCCAUCUGCUGAUAACCCGAACAGACAAAGUUCGUGCUCUCCGAGAGGCAUUUUACAGGCAGAAUCUUCCAAAUGUGACAAAUCUUCUCGCUACAGUCUUGAUCUUUCUCAUUGUCAUCUACUUCCAAGGGUUCCGUGUGGUUUUACCUGUGAGGUCAAAGAAUGCUCGUGGGCAGCAGGGUUCAUAUCCAAUCAAGCUGUUCUACACCUCUAACAUGCCCAUUAUUUUGCAGUCUGCUCUUGUAUCGAACCUGUACUUCAUCUCCCAGUUGUUGUACAGGAGGUACAGUGGAAACUUCCUUGUGAAUCUUUUGGGCAAAUGGAAGGAAUCUGAAUAUUCAGGUGGUCAGUUUGUCCCUGUCGGCGGCCUUGCGUAUUAUAUCACUGCACCCUCAAGCUUAGCUGAUAUGGCGGCAAAUCCUUUCCAUGCACUUUUCUAUUUUGUGUUUAUGUUGUCAGCAUGUGCUCUGUUCUCAAAAACUUGGAUUGAAGUAUCUGGAUCAUCUGCUAGAGAUGUAGCCAAGCAGCUCAAGGAACAACAAAUGGUUAUGCCUGGGCAUCGCGAGUCCAACUUACAGAAAGAGUUGAACCGUUACAUACCCACUGCUGCAGCUUUUGGAGGCAUUUGCAUUGGUGCACUGACAGUGUUGGCAGAUUUCAUGGGAGCUAUCGGCUCAGGAACAGGAAUACUACUCGCAGUUACAAUAAUUUAUCAGUACUUUGAGACCUUUGAGAAGGAAAAGGCCAGCGAACUUGGCUUCUUUGGUUUCUAAAUUAAGUGAUGGAUGGCGGAAGCAACGAGCUCCCCUGCAGUUUUGGUGCGCGCGGAGAAUGUAUAUAAGGUCCUUUUGACACCAAAAGUUUAAGUUAGAAGAUAUCAGGGUAGUUGGUUCAGAGUUAAAGAGUACUGACAUGCAUCACCUUGAAACUGAAUUUUUGUUCUUUUUUCCCACUCUCCCCCUUUACUGAGUCUCUCACGUAACCGUGGAUACCUCCUGGUCCUGUGAAUCUUGGGAUUUUUUUUACCAGUUAAAACUUGCCAUUGACCAUUGAAAGUAAUGUUCAGGGAUUUCUGGACUUGAUGAAAGCUUCAUCAACGUUCAUUUAUGCUU